AGAGAGAAGGGAUGGUUUUUUAGCUCGCGUUCAAUGGAGGGAUAUGUCGAUGAGGACGCCAUUUACGACGAGAGAGGAGGGACAGCGAUUCGAAUCUAUGGAUCCCUCUUCUUCGUCCUCUUUGCUUGAGCGGCUGAGGAGCUCAGACGGGUCCUCGCCGCUGAUCUUCUUCCUCUUCUUCCACAAGGCGAUACGGUCCGAGCUCGACCGCCUUCACCGCGCCGCUGUAGCGCUCGCCACGGAUGGCGUGGGAGACGUCGAGUCCGUCUCCAGGCGCUGCAGAUUCCUCUUUUCCAUGUACCAGCACCACUCCAAUGCUGAGGACGAGGUUGUUUUUCCAGCCCUUGACAAACGUGUGAAGAAUGUUGCAAGAACAUAUUUUCUUGAGCACAAAGGGGAACAUGACCUUUUUAAACAUUUAUUUGAUUUACUGGACUUAAAUGUUCAUAAUGACGGCAUUGCUAGAAGAGAACUUGCUUCAUGUACUGGUGCUAUACAAACGUCAAUUAUGCAGCACAUAUAUAAGGAGGAGGAGCAGGUUUUCCCACUCUUUAUUGAGAAAUUUUCACUUAAGGAGCAAGCUGAUUUGGUUUGGCAGUUCCUGUGUAGCAUCCCUGUGUACAUAAUGGUAGACUUCCUUCCAUGGCUUUCUUCUUGUGUCUCACAGGAUGAACAUAAGGAUAUGAUGACAUGUUUAUGUAAAGUAGUACCAAAAGAAAGGCUUCUUCAGCAGGUUAUAUUUGAAUGGAUGAAAGGGAAAAGUUUCACAAACCAGAGUAUGAGCCAUAAUGAUGUAUCAUGGUGCUGCAUUGAUCAUGCCAAUACCAGGAAGAGGAAACAUGCAGAAUCAGAUAGCAAUUUUGUUGAUUCACCAAGGGCACACCCAAUAAAUGAAAUUUUGGACUGGCAUAAUGCUAUCAGAAAGGAGGUUAAUGACAUUGCAAAAGAAGCAAGACAAAUACAACUUUCUCGAGAUUUCUCUGAUCUAUCUACCUUCUAUUCAAGGCUUGAAUUUGUUGCUGAUGUAUGCAUCUAUCACAGUAUAGCUGAAGAUCAAAUUUUAUUUCCAGCAGUGGAUAUGCCAGUCUCAUUUGUGGAAGAUCAUGCUGAAGAAAAGAAUCAGUUUAACAACCUCAGGUGCCUAAUCAAGCGUAUCAAAUGUGCUGGUGUCAACUCAGUUUCUCCUGAAUUUUACUCAAAGAUAUGUUCACAUGCAGAUCGUAUUAUGGCGACUAUUCAAAGGCACUUCAAUGUUGAGGAAGCUCAGGUGCUUCCUAUAGCAAGGAUAUCUUUCUCUCCUGAAAAGCAACGGAAGAUUAUUUAUCGGAGCAUAUGUGUAAUGCCACUAAGACUUAUAGAGCGUGCUUUACCAUGGUUUGUAGCAACACUUUGUGAGGAUGAAGCUAGGUCAUUCCUCCAGAAUAUGAAACUGGCAGCCUCAUCAUCUGAGACAGCACUAGUUACACUUUUUGCUGGUUGGGCAUGCAAGGGUCAACUGCACAAUAUCUCGAGAUCUGGCAGGUUUACAUGCUUGUCUUUAAAAGUGGCAGAUGGUUUCAUUCAAGAAGAGAAGGAUAAGAUAGAACAGAAUUGUGGUCAAGCAUUCUGUGCAUUUGCUUCUCCAUUAAGAGAGAUAUCAGCUGUCCAUACAGAGAAUGACAAGGAUCCUGUUGACCGAUGUUGCUUCCCACAAUCUUGUAGAAACAAUAAUGAGGUUGGAAGUUUAGAUAUUUUAGUUCUCCAAAAGCAUUUUUCCAAUAAGCAAACUUGCUUUGCUUCUGGAUUAGGACUUAACAGCAAUAGCCUACCUGUAGAUUCCAUGUCUAAAAAAUCAGAGUGUUCCUUGUCUUGCAAUUCUUCUGCUCCUCAUAUAAACUCAAAUCUCUUUUCAUGGGAGACAGAAAUCACCUCAUCCAAUUCGGCACAUGAAUUCAGGCCUAUUGAUACCAUAUUUAAGUUUCAUAAAGCAAUUCGUAAAGAUUUAGAAUAUUUGGAUAUGGAGUCCGAAAAGCUUAUAGGUUGUGAUGACUAUGAGGCAUUUCUUUGCAAUUUUAGUGGAAGAUUUUGUUUGUUGUGGGGCCUUUAUAAAGCUCACAGUAAUGCUGAAGAUCGUAUUGUAUUUCCGGCUUUAGAAUCAAGAGAAACCCUUCACAAUGUUAGCCACUCCUAUAUUCUGGACCACAAACAGGAGGAGAAGUUAUUUUCAGAUAUAUCUGCAGUUCUGACAGAGCUUUCACAAUUACGUGAAACGAAUAACAAGACAUAUAAGAUGGCUGACACAACUGGAAGUGACUGCAGUUACUCUGUCCAUGAUAUUUGUUGGACAAGGAAGCACAAUGCACUUGCUACCAAGCUUCAAAGUAUGUGCAGAUCCAUACGAGUUACUUUGGACCAACAUGUUUUUAUGGAGGAACUUGAACUCUGGCCAUUGUUUGACAGCUACUUCUCUUUUGAGGAGCAAGACAAGAUAGUUGGAUGCAUAAUUGGGAUGACUGGAGCAGAAAUUCUUCAGUCAAUGUUAUCCUGGGUAACUUCUGUUCUAACAGAAGAGGAACAUGACAAGAUGAUGGAAACAUGGAAGGAAGCUACCAAAAACACUAUGUUUAAUGAGUGGCUGAAUGAAUGGUGGGGUGCAAGACCUAUUUCUUCACAUGACCCUGAAGAGGCAAAUGUUCUUCCAAAAGGAAUGGAACAACAAGAGAACCUAGAUCAAAUUGAUCAGACAUUCAAGCCUGGUUGGAAUGAUAUUUUUCGAAUGAAUCAAAAUGAGCUGGAGUCAGAGAUACGAAAGGUUUCUCGAGACAUAACACUUGAUCCACGAAGAAAGGCAUAUAUUAUUCAAAAUCUUAUGACAAGUCGCUGGUUAGCUGCUGCUGCUAAACAGAAAUUGCCACAUGCAUCUACCAGUGAGGACAAAAAUGGUGAUGUUCCAGGAUGUUCUCCAUCAUAUAGGGAUCUGGAGCAACAGAUAUUUGGUUGUGAGCACUAUAAAAGAAACUGCAAGCUUCUUGCUGCUUGUUGUAAGAAGCUCUUCACAUGCAGGUUCUGCCACGACAGCGUCAGUGAUCACACAAUGGAUAGGAAAGCAGUGACGGAAAUGAUGUGUAUGCGCUGUCUGAAAGUCCAGACAGUUGGUCCAACUUGCAAGACAGAUACCUGUAAUGGAUUUCCAAUGGCAAAAUACUUCUGCAAAUUUUGCAAAUUUUUUGAUGAUGAAAGGACUGUAUAUCACUGUCCAUUUUGCAAUUUAUGUCGCCUUGGAAAAGGACUUGGCAUCGAUUUCUUUCACUGCAUGAAAUGCAAUUGUUGCCUAGGCAUGAAGCUAAUGGACCAUAACUGCAGGGAGAAAGGUCUAGAAUCAAAUUGUCCCAUAUGUUGUGAUUUCCUGUUUACAUCAAGUACGCCUGUCAGAGCUUUACCAUGCGGCCAUUUCAUGCAUUCAGCUUGCUUUCAGGCAUAUGCUUCCAGUCACUAUACCUGCCCGAUCUGCAGCAAGUCUUUAGGAGACAUGACGGUCUAUUUCGGCAUGCUUGACACCUUGCUAGCUUCAGAACAGCUUCCAGAAGAAUACGGAGAUCGUUGUCAGGACAUACUCUGCAAUGAUUGUGAUAAAAAAGGGAUGUCUCGCUUUCAUUGGCUCUACCACAAAUGUAGCUUCUGCGGCUCGUAUAAUACCAGGGUAAUCAAGAAUGAAGCUAACUCUUGUCUCACAUCAAGCAAUUGAAGUUUUCUUUGGGAAUUUCUAUCUCAAUUUUUCAGGUUCAAAUUUUCUGUAUAAUAUUAUAAAUUUUCUUUAUCGAUAGGGGAAUCAUCUAGGAUUAUUUGGAUAUGUCCAAAGCAUACUUACAGAUGCAUCCAUCUCACAGAAUCAAUUACCUCUAAUUAACGAUACAAGAGGUAAAGAAAUAUGUUAAUGGGAAAAUUUUGUGAUAGUUCGGUUCACCUACUUCAACUAGUUGAAGUAGUAUCAUGCUCUAAAAUAUGCAAUUUUAUAUUUGUUU